CCUAUCGCCUAUUCUCAGUCGACUCCAUCUUAUUCUCAGCAACCGGCGGCCAGCACGUCCACUCUUCCCUUAUUCUCCGUCGACUCGCCGGAAUGUUCACACGAAGCAGUAGAACAAGAAGCCAAGAGCAACAACAUUAGGAAGACGAGUGGAGUGAAAAAAGAAGAAGCCGCUGCCGCCAACCAGCAUCAGGUCGAAUAGCAGUUGCCAAAAAAGUUGGUGACCAAGCUUGAGCUCGGCGAAUAACUGUCGAUUCAAAUUUUAACAGAGCUUUACCCUUCAUUUGUUGCUUGUAAUGGAACCAGAUGGAUGCAUCAGUAGUGAAGGUUAUGGGCAUGACAUGGUAUCGUGGUCAAUUUUCUCAGUUGCAGAACCGGGCAUUUAGAAGUUACCAGCCUCGAAUCUGUUUAAAGUGUCCAUCUGUACAGGCUGAAAGAUCGAAACGAUCUUCCGUGAGAGCUGGGAUAUCAUGUGCUCUAAAAUUAAAGACAGGAAUGAAAAUUUGUCCACUACAAAGUUGCGCCAGUGUCUCAUCCCCUUUCUAUGCAUCUAGAACCAUGUCAUCCUUUGGAUGUGAGCUUCUGAACUCUGGGAUUCCCAUGAAUGUUUCCUUUCAUGGGUUAGUAGGUGGACCAUGGCCGACUAGUUAUGCUAGUAAUAGCAUCAGCAGGUCAUAUUCCCAAACAGCAAAGGCGGGUACACGAAAUCGUAUUAUUUCAACGGAAGGAGGGAGCAGUGGGAAGACUACUACUGAUGCUGCUGAGGUGCCAGAUAGCUCCAAAAAGAUAUCUGGGGCCAAGGAGAUUAGAAAAGGCAAAGGCAAAAGUAAAAGCAAACAACCUAAAGUAUCCCCAGAGGUGCAGUCUAAUUUGACAGUAGCAGAAGUAGUUGAAAGCGUUGAUACACCUAAGACAGUUCAAAAGAAAGUGAAGAGGAGCCCUGCUAAAAAGAAAAAAUCUAGUGUAGAAUCUAGUUCUCUUCCCAAAUCCAAUGAAGAUUUUACAGGAAAAUCAAAUCUCAAGGCUUCGCCUACCCCAUCUUCUUGUGUGGUUACUAAAGCAAAGUCUCAAGGCGGAAAGGCUUGGCCUCAAUUAUAUCCACCUAUUAGUAAAUCUGUUGUAGUGGUUGAGUCAGUCACGAAGGCAAAAGUCAUUCAAGGCUACCUUGGUGAAAUGUAUGAAGUCCUUCCAAGUUAUGGCCAUGUAAGGGAUUUGGCUGCAAGAUCAGGAUCAGUACGACCUGAUGAUGACUUCAGUAUGGUGUGGGAAGUCCCAUCUCCCGCCUGGUCUCAUCUUAAGAGUAUCAAGGUUGCAUUGAGUGGGGCGCAAAAUCUUAUUCUUGCCUCAGACCCUGAUCGUGAAGGAGAGGCUAUUGCCUGGCACCUAAUUGAGAUGUUGCAGCAACAGGAUGCACUUCGUGAAGAUGUCAGCAUUGCUAGGGUUGUUUUCAAUGAAAUUACUGAAUCAUCUAUUAGAAGUUCUCUUCAAGCUCCACGGGACAUAGAUGCUGAUUUGGUGCAUGCUUAUCUUGCUCGGCGUGCUCUUGAUUACUUGAUUGGCUUCAAUGUUUCUCCUCUACUUUGGAGGAAACUACCAGGUUGCCAGUCUGCUGGUCGUGUCCAGUCUGCUGCUUUAGCUCUCAUAUGUGAUCGAGAAAAGGAGAUAUAUGACUUUAAAUCUACAGAGUACUGGACUAUCAAUGCUCAUUUCCAGAAUAACAAUCUGAACUCAAUCAACAAUGCCACUGUCACUUCACAUCUAACACAUUUUGAUUCCAAAAAGCUGAAUCAGUUGUCAAUCAGCUCUAAUGUGGAGGCAAAAAGAAUUGAAGAGAAGAUUAAUCUAUCCAAGUUUGAAGUAAUUGGCUCGAAAAUCAGCAAAACCAGGAGAAACCCACCCAUGCCGUAUAUAACAUCAACAAUCCAGCAAGAUGCAGCAAACAAAUUAAACUUUGCAGCUUCAUAUACCAUGAAAGUUGCACAAAAGCUUUACGAGGGAGUUGAAUUAUCAGAUGGAAAGGCCACCGGACUGAUAACUUACAUGAGAACUGAUGGCUUACACUUAUCUGAUGAAGCUGCAAAGAGCAUUCAAAACUAUGUUGUUGAAAAAUAUGGGCCGAAUUUUGCAACAAAGUCUACUCGCAAGUAUUUCAAGAAGGUUAAAAACGCUCAGGAGGCCCAUGAAGCCAUUAGACCCACUGAUAUCCGUAGAGUACCGUCUAGCCUUGCUGGGGUUCUUGAUGCAGAUUCCCUGAAGUUAUAUACUCUUAUAUGGUGUCGGACGAUGGCAUGCCAAAUGGAACCUGCCAUCAUUGAGCAGUUGCAAUGUGAUAUCGGAAAUGCUGAUCAAUCCAUUGUGUUUCGUUCUACAUGCUCAAGGGUUGAAUUUUUGGGAUAUCAGGCAGCUUAUGUGGAUGCUGAAACCAUCAGAGUUAGACAUAGUGACGACGAUGGUGGUCAUCGUAAUGAUGUAUUUGAGAUAUUGAGUAAAUUGAAAUAUGGUCAGCCAUUAUUCUUGACUAAUGUACUGCUUGAUGAACACCAUACAGAGCCUCCACCCCGCUAUUCUGAGGGCUCAUUAGUAAAAAAACUAGAGGAACUCGGUAUUGGAAGACCUUCUACAUAUGCAACCACUAUUAAGGUGCUAAAAGAUAGAAAAUAUAUAACAAUGAAAAGUAGGGCAUUGAUUCCUGAAUUUCGUGGUCGCAUGGUCUCAGCAUUUCUUUCACAUUAUUUUUCGGAGGUGACCGAUUACAGUUUUACUGCUGAUAUGGAGGCUGAACUUGAUAAUGUAUCUGGUGGAAUAACUGAAUGGAAAGGCCUUCUGAAGGAUUAUUGGACUAGAUUUAGCAAGUACUGUGAGAGUGCUAGUGGUGUCCACAUCCAUCAGGUUGAGAAAAUGUUGGAAAAAACAUUUGGUGACUUCUUAUUUUCUUCUCUUCGUGACGGAAAUAGGACUUGCCCAAGCUGUCUGGCUGGGACGUUAGUCUUCAAAGUUAGCAGGUUUGGUGCAGGAUACUUUAUUGGUUGUGAUCAACACCCAAAAUGCAAGUAUAUUGCUCAAACACUCUAUGGUGAAGAUAAUGACGAUGACAUCCAGGACCAACAAAAGAGAAAUGUCGAGGAGCCAACGUUACUGGGCUUACAUCCAGCAUCUCAGGAUAAGAUUCUGUUGAAGCGUGGUCCAUAUGGACACUAUGUGCAGCUUGGUGAAGACAGGAAAGGGCAUCCACCCAAGCGAGCAUCUUUGUCUCACAUAAAAGAUGUGGCCUCCGUCACGUUGGAUAUUGCCGUAGACUUGUUGCAGUAUCCAGUAACCUUGGGAAACCACCCAGAUGAUAGCCAACCCGUGAUUCUGAAGCUUGCAAAGGGUGGAUUUUCCAUCAGACACAGGCGCACAAUUGCUCCCGUUCCUAAGAAUCUAAAACCCAGUGAGAUAACCUUAGAGAAAGGUUUGGAACUACUAAACGGUAAAGAUGUAAAGAGGUGUGGACGACCGAAGCAAAAAAAGAGUGCUGAACCGGCAGAGGCUAUGUAAUUUGUAAGCAUAGCAGGCUUAUCCACAUUGGAAAACGAUUUAUAGAUAGAUAUACAUUCUUUUCAGGAACUUAUGAAUGUAACGAUGCUUAAUUUUUGUUGGCAAUAAUUUUUGCUAGUGUAAUUUAUGUUUUUUCUAAACAACUAGGAAAUUGUACAACCAAGAUUUAAUUUUAUAGAAGAACUAGAAAAAGUUUGGUUGAGACCCCAGGAUGAUUGACUAACAUAUAAACUGAAGAAACUAUUUGGAAGUGGGAUUUCAGCAGAAAGUACUUGGAAGAAAGCUGUGUUUGGGUAGAGACUCAAAGACCACUACUUUGAGCAUUACGUCCUCAAUCAGAAUUUGGAACUGGAUUCCUACUGAUUAUUUCUCUCUUCUCGUUGUAUCUCUGUUCUUUUCCCUUACACUCUUUGCUCAUUGCUAUCGGCCUCUCACGAAUUUUGUAACUUACUCUGGAACAAUAUUAGACAAUUUGAAUUUGCAGGUCAGGUAAUAUCUUGCAAGGCUUAUGUACUGGCAGGUGUGUAUUUCUUUCCUCCCUCUAAUUUUAAACUCGAAUUACUUAAUCUUUUCAUUUAUAUGUAUAUUUGUUUUGGAAAGUAGACACUUUUUAUUUCUCAAGUGAACAUUUGGUAGGUUCCAGGGGAAGUUUGGUCAUGAUCAUCUUUUACUUAUUGAAUAUGUUUCUUUUCAUGAGUGAUGGGAAAAUCCGCUUCAUGAGAUCUGAUGGUAUGUAUUUCACUCAGCCAACAUCUUAGUCAGAAAUUCCCAGCCAUGCUUAUCUCUCCUGAUAUGUGUAUAUGCACUCUAGCAGCGCUUAUCAUAUGUUAAAUAGUGUAGCUUUUGAAGCUGAUAUGCCAUGAUCCUGUCACUGCUGGUUACCAUCGAAGUAUAUGGGCCAUGAAUAUGAUUGGACGAACUGCAAAUCCAUUGAUCCUGCAUUUUGCACCAGAAUCGAGGUUGAGGUGAAAAAACUUGUCAAGGAAAUGGGGAGAAAAGAAAAGGUCAAUGACGAUGAAUCCUGAGAAUUGUAUCUUUUGUUUGGAAGACAAAAUAUAAGAUCAAUCUGUGUAAUGACUCAACUUGUUAAUGAAACCCUUUCAGGCCGCUAUGAAGGACUUCUUCUUCUGAAGUUUCUAUAUCUGAUGCUCAGAUCUUUUGAUGAAUGGGGGUCUCUGCUCUUAUAGUUAUACUGUAUUUCUUAGUAAUGUGUCAUCACUUCUAAUCAUCUCCAUCAUAUGGUAUUUGGCCUAGUGUUUUUGUUAUACGCUUUCUAAUUUUACAUAUUAUGUUUUCAGGGAUUGAUUUUUAUUACAGCUUCUGCUCAAUGCUCAGAAAUAAUUGCCUUCCAUUGCUUUCAUAUUUGAUGUCUUGAAGUUUUACUGCUGUAAUGUCUGCGCACAACUGCGGUUGAGGCGAGUGGCUCGCAAUCUGAGCCGAAUGAAGAAGAAUGGCCUCUACUACAGGACUAAAAACACAUCCCUGAGAUGAGAUCUGCGUUUUAACAAAUUUGGUACUGUGGUUUAGAUGCUGAUUUUACUAUAUUCGGAUUUAUUAAUUGAGAAUUAAAUAACCUACAGGUCAGGUGUUUAUGCAUUUCAUAACUGAAGGAUAGUUAGUUAACACAACAGGCAAUUUUAUGUAGUAUAAUAUACUCCCUCCGUCCCAAUUAAGAGGUUCACUUUUCCUUUUUAA